AUGUCUCCUGCUCGUGUCUUUGAGACGCCUGUGCCGGACAACAGAGACCCCCAGACGCUUUUGUCAGCUCUGGAUGCCCUGCUGGUCACCGCACACCAACUAAGCUUGAGGGAACAGGACUUGCGACGCAAGGUACUGUUUGCCCAUGACCAGUACCAGAAACUGGCCGACCGAGUAGAGGGAGGCUUCACCCCAGAGGAACAAAAAGUUCUAGAGGAGAUUCGUCCCGAUGAUCUCGAAAACUGGCCCAAGUUGGAUGCGUCGGUGAAACCAGUCGACGUCGUCGAGUAUCUGCGAGACGCUGGGAAUAUACAGCCGCAACUAUGUGAUGUCGUAGUGGCAGGACUCGACCAGUCCCGACAAGAAGCAGCGACGACCGUGAAUGGGUCGAGCUUUGGGGUCCGGUCGAAUCCUUGUUUAGUGGCCGAAAAGGCCCGAAGACCGUCUUUGUAUGAACGAGAUUUUACUACUACAAAUGGUGUGCGAGGCAGUCUGAGAUGCCCGUUUGCGAAACCCGUUGAUAAUAACAAAUCAGUCGAUGGCACUCACGACGAGCAAAGCAGCACGGCUAACAGGUGCGAAUUUGACCCUAUUAAAGCAGACCAGGCGCAGGAGCUUGUAUCCAGCGCUGGGGCCUCUGGUAGAUCCUCGGCAGCUCGCUGUCCGAUCAGGUACAUGGACGACCACUCGCCCGAGGAACUGGCGCAGUACUUUGAAAACCACAAACAUGAAAUUCCUAGAAGCCAUGCGAUCUGUGUAGGGCGGUUUCAAAAGAACGGAGCCACCAUGAGACAGAUAGAUGCCAAAUACGGCAGCUUGGUCAAUAUGAUCCAGGGUCUUGGGGUAAAACACAAGUCCCUCCUUCCAAUAUCAGAACAAAAUGGAAGCACCUCGAGUCCAGACGAGAGGGUGGAGAAGUGGGCAGAGGACGUCAGCUCCAAGUCACCGCAUCCAGCAAGCCUGAGCACGGUCGAGGAGGGCGUAGCAGAAGACUCGUCACCGCCUGCUGAUCGGGCUGGUCGGUUUGAACGUCCUCUGCGUGAGGUUCGUGUUGGAGAGUCUCCUAGUCGACCUUGGGGAAUUCCUGUCCCGGUUUCACACCAGACUCAGAGUGCUAUGAACAGCCCUGUGGCGCCUGUCGUCCCCAAAGAUGUCACAGACACGCCAAAGGUUACGGAAAGCGAUGGACUGCAGCCACAGGAUGCGUCGCCCACUCCGGCCCGGCCGCGGGGGAAAUGUCCUUUUGACCACAAAGCCUUGAUGCUGCAGCAACCAACGCCGAGUGCAAAAGAGGCACCUCCCACGAUCGAUGCCAGUGACUUGCCUGCUCCGCCGAGUAGCGCCAACGAGGGAAAUGGUAUUCCGCGGCCGGAGACGACGGGCGGGGGGGACAAGUCCUCGUCGGCCAAACCUUCACAGAUGAUCUUCAACGGCCCGGUGUUCUUCGGAUACUCUGCUGAGGACGCCGCAGCGCUAAUGCAGCAGCUUGCCCAGAGGCCGGCCGAGUAA